UGAAAGCAUUCAUUCAUUGCAUUGCUUUGUAUUGAACUCAAGUCUAUCCACAGCUCAGCCAUACAUCCAAACGUGAAGACCAGUGACUGAUUCAUUGAAUCGGAAAUCCAAGCAAUUAUUGCGUCACUCAUUAGUAUUGCAUAACAUUUGACUGAACGCUAUAUCGCUAUCAGUGUUGACAUCACACACACUGUCUAUACGUUUGUGAAGCCAUUGCACAACCAUUACGUUGAGUACGAGCACAACGACAGACACACCGAUGGCUCCCAUCACUAAACUGCCGAAGAAGACGAAGCCGUUCGCUGAGGAGGACCUGAAGGCCGAAGAGCUGUCCUCGUCGUCGAUGUCUGGCUCGGAGUCUAAUAUGGGAAGUGAUAGCAAACAGUACGCGAGAGUGAAUCGCGUGGUUCUCGACAAAGAUAGCGAUGAGUACAAGAAGAGACGCGAACGCAAUAACCUCGCCGUCAAGAAGUCGAGGAACAAGUCGAAGGUCCGAACCCAACAGACUCUCGAUCGCGUGAAUCAACUGAAACAGGAGAACGAGAUGUUGGAGACGAAGAUCAAGAUCUUGACCAAAGAACUCAAUUUCCUCAAAGACCUCUUCCUGGCUCACGCGGGAACCGCACACAACGGACAGCUCCCGGAGGUUGACAUGAAUUUC